AUGUAUCUACCACGGUGCGCCCAAGCUUUGUUGGCAGCUGGCCUGCUGCUAUCCUCUCCGUCCGGCUCCGUCAACGUAGACGAUGACGGUACAUGGGUGGUUGGAAUCAUCGAUGGCGACAAAUGGCAAGUCAGAGACGACAGACAGCCAUCUCUCUACACUGCCGACUAUGGCGACUGCCUAGGCAAGAGCGCCAUCAACGUUACACGGUUCGACGCAGCCUACUACAAAGACAACAUGACCAUCAUCUUUCACCUGGAAGGCGAGACUGGGCUCCGAAGAGAAGACAUUAUGAUGAAUAUCGGCGUUUAUGCGUACGGCGAGAGUCGAUUCGACCUGACCUUCAACCCUUGCGACGCCAACAUACUCAGCGCUUGCCCCGUCAAAGCCGGCGUUCCCAUCGAGGCGGCGGGCAUCAUACCGAUCAAUCAAGACGACGUCGCAGGGAUCCCAGAGAUUGCGUUGAGCAUUCCCGACUUCGAAGGCCAGGCCAUCCUGCGACUGUUCUCCAACUCCACACAGAACGAGGCUCCCUUGCUAUGCUUUGCCAACAUCGGUUGUUUCGCGGCCCAGAUCACCAACGGCUUCACAUUCCAGCAGAAGAGCUCAGUGGGCUCAACGUUAGGGCUCUUCACUCUCAUAGCCGUCGUUUCCUCUUUUACUACAGCCGCCUACGGAUCCGACGUCCUCGAGAUGCGCAAGCAUUACGCCCAUUCGCUCGGAGCGCUCUCGGUGAACUGGCCAAGCGUCCUCGUGGCCUUCUGGAGCAACUAUGCCUGGGCUGGGGGUAUGAUCUACUCUGAGUCAAUGCAGAACACGAUCAACGAUUUCAUCGGCUCGAACAAAGGGAAUACAUCGCAAGUCGGUGCCGCAGGUACGGGCGAAAGUAAUCCUCAUCUAGGAGGAGGGGUCGACAUUCACCAGAUAUACAAACGAGGCGUUCUUCCUCAGGGUCUGAAUCUCCAAGCUGCCCUAGCAAAGCGCCGUCUCAUCGACGCGACCACCGGAUUCAAAUAUUACGGGUUGCCUGUAAAGCCUGGACUGCCACUUCCAGGCAACUAUUCUGGAUUCGCUGGUACCCUUGCGACGGAACACAUCCCAGCAAGCAACGCCUUCAUGACUGGACUGCUCUGGUUCUUAAUCUUGAUCGCAUGCGGUGUUGUCUCUGUACUCUCCCUGAAAGUUGUCCUCGAAGGCUUGAGUAGCAUACGCAUUGUCAAAAAGCACCACCUGGCCUUUUUCCGAAGCCAUUACCUUGCGUUUACUCUGUCGACCAUCCUGCGGACAAUCUUCAUCGGAUUUUACAUGCUGACAUUCCUGGCCAUGUUCCAGUUCUCCUACCUAGCUCUUUCUGGUCCUGUUGCAGUCGCUUGUGCCGCUUUCUUCGUCGUAGUAUUUGGCAUAGGCAGUAUCGCCGCCUACGCUUGUUUCUCCAGACUUCGGAUCGGCAAGUAUGCCUCGGAACCCGAUCGACUAAACGUAGUCAAACGAAGAUUGCACAAGAUCAUUCCAUGGUUCAGCAUUUCCAGAAACAGCAAAAAUCCGCGCUCCGAAGACGAGACCUACAUCGGUUCAAUUCCUUGGUGGACGAUACACGCUACGGCGGAUACCACACCAAUCCAUAAUGACGAGCGGUACACAACAAAGUUUGGUUGGCUGGCCUCUCGCUACAGGAGGACUCGUUGGUGGUUCUUCGUCGUCUGGCUGUUCUACGAAUUCGUUCGAGCAUGCUUCCUUGCUGGCGCAUCUACGCAGCCCUUGGUCCAGGUCUUCGGUCUGCUCGCCGUUGAGAUUAUCGCUUUUAUCGCCUUCACUAUCCUUCGACCUUUUGAAGGACAGCGGCUGAACGUUUUGGCCGUGUAUCUUCUCGGCUUUAGCAAGAUCACCACUACAGGUCUUUCGGCAGCCUUUGAUACACGGUUCGGUAUCGCUCGUAUCCCUACAACCGUUAUUGGCAUCAUCAUAAUCGUCAUUCAAGGUCUCUUGACAGUGGCCGUGAUGGUUUUGAUCCUGAUCGGCGCUGUCUCAAGCUACCUGUCCAUGUUGCGGAACCGCGAACAAAUGGCGCCGUUGAGCUGGAACCCGAUGCGUGAGAAGUACUAUGCGCAUAUCGAUUUCGCAGUGCAAGACAUUCCGCGACCCCGUGCGGUGUCGAUCAACUCGAUGCCAGAGUUACCGAAGACACCGUACUUUGAAGUAAGACAUGUGAAGCGGAUAGCCAAGGUCGAGGACGAGGAUGACGAGUUCAUGCGAGAGAUGGACAGCGAUCAUGCGACACCGGCCCACCCAACGGCACAGGAGUGCAACUCUCCAGUCGCAAGCAUCUUACUCAAGUCUACCCAAGGCGGCUCGCCUGCAUCGCCCCAACUGGAGCAGACACGGGUACAGCGAUUCGAUGAGUCCCGGACGCCACAGGGCUUUGAGCGAAGCUCAUAUGAAGACUCCCAAGCAAAGUCAUGA